AUGAUCCUCAAGCAGGGCGACUACAAGGUCAUCGGAACGCGGCCCGUCCGACACGACGGCGCCGACAAGGUGACCGGACGCGCCAAGUACGGCGCGGACUUCCACGCUAACGAUAUCCUGCACGCCAAGUUCGUUCGCAGUCCCCACGCCCACGCCAGAAUCCUCUCAAUUGACACCAGCGAGGCCGAGGCCAUGGACGGCGUGUUCGCGGUCGUAAUCGGCGCAGACCUGCCGGAAGUGGCUGACGAAGUCAUCGCGCUUGGAGAGGGUGCCGCGAACCUGCGCUACCUUCGGAACAACGUACUCGCCGCCGACAAGGCGCUAUACAAGGGCCACGCCAUUGCCGCCGUUGCCGCGUCGAGUCCCGCAUGUCGCCGAAGAGGCCGCCGACAAGAUCAAGGUGAAGGGAGACGUGGAAGAGGGAUUUGCCAGGCGGACCUCAUCGUCGAGCGAGAAUUCGACACGUCGACGGUUCACCAGGGGUACAUUGAGCCGCAGGUCGCCACGGGGCUCUGGAACACGGACGACCGGAUCACGAUCUGGUGCAGCACUCAGGGAUCGUUCAGCGUUCGCGACGAGAUGGUCGGGAUUCUCAGCAAGCCCGCAUCACAGAUUAAGGUCGUGCCGAUGGAGAUCGGCGGCGGGUUCGGAGGCAAGAUUCCCGCCUACCUCGAACCCACGGUCGCCGUGCUGUCCAAGAAAUCGGGCCGCCCGGUCAAGGCGGUAAUGACCCGCCAGGAGGUGUUCGAGGCCACGGGACCGACGCCCGGCUCUCACAUGAAGAUCAAAGCCGCCGCUCAUCUGACAAUAGCCGAGGCCAACCGUAUUCGUAGGGGCGGGUUUCAAACCCGCCCCUGGGGUUCACCACGUCGCUAUCGACUCGGGUAG